CGCCGCUCCACCCAUCGCCGUCGACUCGCAUGCUGUGACAUAUGAAAUCAAUACGCCUGGACCGAUGGGCUUCCCAAUUGCAGCCGCCUAGGAACCCGCGAUUAUACCUGCUCACGCGACGAUGUCCCUUUUCCACUGAGGCGAGACAAUGCAUACCCACGCGGGAAUUGCAACGAAACCAGCAGCAGGCAUCAGCACAAUGUAUACAGCAAAGGAGAAGUAUCACCAAACGGCGGAAAGCUUCGACUGCGGCGACACAGCAGGCGCAGGAAGAGGCCGAAGCCUUCUGUACCGAUGAACCAGAUUUGCAGCUCGAAAGCGACGAAACGCCCAGGAUACCUCUCAAUUUUCCAUCACAUGGACAAGCUGUACAAUCAGCAAAGCUGUCUGCGCUCCAUGCCAGAUUAUCCUUACCCUCGAAACUCCCCAUACAGACAGUGGCAAGAUGUCUGAUCGAUCACUCGGUGGACCGCAGGCCUGGCUACAAUAAUGCUUCCCUAGCUGUACUUGGGCAGGAGCUAUUGGGCUACUACACCUCGGAAUGGCUCAUUUGUAAAUAUCCACGGAUACCAAUGUCCAUUCUGUUUGCAGCACAGUACGGCUACGUUGGACCUGCGACACUAAACUCGAUGCGAAUGGAAUGGGGAGUGGAAGCAGUGGCAGCACCUGGACCAGAGGUUGAUCCGGGAUUACUGCAGUUCAAGAGACUUACACCUGGCAAUGCUAUGGCUGAAGAUGGAAAACAGAGAGUGAAGGAUGUGCUACAAGGACAACUUCAGACUAGCCUGAGAGGGACUGGUCGAUAUCUGAAAGAAAAGAGGGGCAUGAGCAAUCGCAUCGUCCAUGAUGAUGAAUUUGGAGACAUUACUGUAGGACCACCUGGAGCGUUCCCAUCAGAUAACAAGGCACCAUAUGCUGGAGCACCUAUCGCAGUCUCUCAAGCCUCAGACCCGGCAAUGGAGCAUGCCGUUGGAGCUGGUAUUGAGGGUGGCGAGGUUGAGAUCACCAUGCCACCAAAGACUCUCGAGUUACAACCGCAAGACAUAGACAUGGACACUGAGCCUGUUUCGAUGACAGAUGCAAGCGCGAGUUUCGUCCGCGCUCUAGUCGGAGCCCUAUACCUGCACGCUGGGACUGAGGCAGCCAAAGCCUUUCACAAGGCACAUGUGCUCAGCCGUCAUCUUGAACUACACAAGAUGUUUGACUUCAAGUAUCCCACACGCGAUCUCUCCAUCCUUUGCCGCCGCGAAGGCUUUGAGCCACCCGUGGCGCGCUUAAUAUCAGAAACUGGUCGACUGUCUCGGACGCCUGUCUUCGUAGUUGGAGUGUUCAGUGGCAACGACAAGCUUGGCGAAGGUGCCGGCAGUUCAUUGAACGAAGGAAGAGUUCGGGCAGCAGCAGCCGCUUUAAGAUCAUGGUAUCUCUACAGUCCUCCGCCUUCGGAAAUCGUGCUGCCCAGCGAAGUCGAGGGUUCUAGCAAGAUUCAAAAAGUGUGGAAGCCGCAGCUUGUCGAUCCUGGUGAGAUCGUCCAGUAAAGGAUGAAUGGUCUUGUGUUACUAGUGUAUGGGGAAUGGGUUGUACAGCUACAGCAUAGCGUGAACUGCUGGCAUGCAUGGGAUGGUGUAUGAGGGCCCCCAAAUCGCUCUCUAGAGGUUCGUCGAGUCUGUACAAAUAUACAUCGCCAGAGCUGCAAUGACACCGACUCUACUUUCCUGGCAAGCCACAAUUCCCAAUGGCAUGGGAAGCGACGCGUGACACCGGAUUUACAGAGACCGGAGAUUUAGAUACGCGAGGCUGAAGGAAGUUUGUCUGUCGCG